AUGGGGAUCUCAAUUAUCCAGGAGCAACGCGACUUGCUCCUCGGUACGAUCAAGCGCAUUACAUCUGGCGACUGGAAGGUUCUGGUUCUUGACGAAACGUCCAAGCGCAUUGUGGACAAUGUUCUCAAGGAGGAUGACAUCUUGAAUCACAACAUCGCAAACAUUGAGCAGAUCGAAGAGCGGAGGGAGAUGAACCCUACAAUGGACGCCAUCUAUCUGUUGUCGCCACAAUCACAUAUCGUGGACUGCCUGCUUGCGGACAUAGAUCGUCGGAGAUACCGACGAUGCUUUCUCGUAUGGACUACAGUCCUCGAUCCCCAGCUUAGGCGCAAGAUCGACACGUCACCAUUCGCGAAACAAGCCAUUGCAGGCUUUGAAACACUCUCCGUCGAUUUCUUCCCGCGAGAGUCCAACCUUGUUACUUUCAGAGACCCAUGGAGCUUUCCUAUUCUAUACCAUCCUGCCUGCAACGCUCUCAUUCGGAAGCACAUGGCCGAUUUGGCGCAAAAGAUCACUGGAUUAUGUGUAUCGCUUGGAGAGUAUCCCAAGGUCCGGUACUAUCGGCCCAGAAACGCCACUCACGAGGCGAGCGUACUCUGCUCCCAUCUCGCACGGUUCAUCUCCGAAGAGCUGGACGAAUACGCGCAGUGGAAUCCUGACUUUCCGCCACCAAGCUCACGCCCACAGGGUGUCCUGCUUGUCACCGACCGGUCUAUGGAUCUGAUGGCGCCUCUGAUCCACGAAUUUACCUAUCAAGCCAUGGCAUUCGAUCUUCUCCCAAUAAAGGAUGGCGACAAGACCACCUUCCACAUGACAGUCAAUGAAAACACACCAGAGGCGGAAGAAAAAGACCUGGAACUAAGCGACAAGGAUAAAGUUUGGGUGGACAACCGCCACAGGCAUAUGAAAGACACGAUCGACAAACUUAUGGGUGACUUUCAGAAGUUCCUCGACCAGAACCCCCACUUUCGCGACUCGAACAAUGCGACAAGCCUGAACGCUAUCAAGGACAUGAUGGCCGGACUGCCCCAGUUCCAAGAGAUGAAGGAGACGUACUCACUACAUCUUACCAUGGCACAGGAGAGUAUGAAUAUCUUUCAGAAUCACAAGCUUAAUGAGAUGUCGCCAGUCGAGCAGAACAUGGCAACGGGCACGGACGAGGACGGUCGGAAACCCAAGAACGUCCUGGAUGAAGUCGCUCGGUUGCUCGAUGAUGAAGCAGUAAGGCCUCCCGACCGGUUGCGUCUUAUCAUUAUGUAUCUGCUAUACCGCGACGGCGUCAUCUCAGAAGACAUCAAGAGGCUUCUCGCUCAUGCCGCCCUCCCUCAAUCGGAUGGCGAGGUUAUCUCGAAUCUGGAGUUGCUAGGAGGACGUACGACUCGAGGGCUCAAAGACCCGAAAAGGGAGCUGCCACCACUGUUUCCACCCGAACCCAAGCAAGUUGUCGACGAGGACAGCUACCUGUCUCGCUUCAAUCCUGCGACAAAGACCAUGCUUUUGAACCUAUGCAAGGGCACGUUAGACCAAACGACCUUCCCAUACGUCAAGCCACCUCUCGACCCGAAUGAGGAUGCCCUGAUAGGGCAAGGAUCGCUGCGAGCCGCGAAACCGAGCUGGGCUGGCGCUGGUCGGCGUACUGCGGACAAUAAGCAAAGGAUCAUUGUGUUCAUGGCUGGUGGUGCCACCUUUUCGGAAGCCCGGGCUUGUUAUGAAGUAGGGGCGAGUAUGGGACGCGAGGUCGUCUUGGCCAGUAGUCAUAUGCUCACCCCGGCCCUCUUUGUCCGCCAGCUUGGCGAUCUGAGCGUAGACAAACGCCGCCUAGAUCUCCCUAUUGAGCGACCUCCUCCAAGAGCACCAGCUCAUCUGUUUGAGCGACCAGCCCCGCCCAUGAGCUCGCAGCCACCAGGCGGACAAGGUGGCCCAGGCCGGCCGGGUGUGCCCGGAGGUCUUCCCACGAGACCGGCUGGGGUCGCUCCUCCUCAGCCGCCAACACAGCAGAUGGGCAACAUGACCCUGAACUCGCGACCAAACGGCGCAGGACACCAGCCCAGCGCAUCUGUGUCCUCCGUGGACAAGCCGCAGAAGCUCGAGAAAGAGAAGAAGAAGCGGCACUUCCUGGGCCUCAAGAAGGGCUAG